GCCGAAAUGAACUAUCCCAUAUUUAAUUGAAAUAAAAUUCAUGAGAUAACUAAUUAUUCCGAGAUUGUAGUAUAAAUUUUAUUCUUUCUUAAAAGUGAAAUAAUUAAUUUUGAAAUAGCUAAUGCCGAAAUUAGCAAUCCCAACUUAACUUGUUUUCAAUCAAACGGCCAUCCACGGGCACUAAAAACUGGAUGACGUGGUAAUCUACUAUUUGGUGAACCGACGUUGAAGGGAGAAAAAGAGAGAGAGAGAGGAAGCAGUGAUACAAGCUAAGCGAAUUGAGAUUACUCUGGAAUUUGCAAGAGCUCCCAAUAACCCAUGGCUUACGUCGAGAGAGGUGUGGUAAAAUCCAAGCGUUCUAUAUGGCGAUUGAAGACUAUCGCUGAUUUGUGUUGGUCCAUCAUCAACUUCAUCAGCGUGUUUUUUGUUACUAUGUUUUCGAUGGAAAAAACAGAUGCAUAUAGAAAAGGUUCAGGAUCCAGCAAGAAGUGGGAUGGAGGUGGUCCAGGAAGUGGUCCAUAUGGUGGUGGUCCGCGUGGGCCGCCCCGUGGGUUGGAUAAUGUUCGAGGCAUUGAUCACAGUUCUCUUCCUGCCUGUGGUUCUUGCUGUGGAUAAAUGCUGCCUAUGUCACUUUUGAGAAUCUAUAAGUUUGGCUCUUAUUCCAUAAAAACAUAUACUGAAUUGCAGCACUUAUGCUUUAAUUCAAAACUUGAAAGUGAGUUCGUUCAUGUGUCCCUUUCAUCGUGAAGCUUGAAUAAAACUCAAAUUAGUUUUUUUCUUUUGUA